AAGUUGCCAGCCCUGGGACCUGACAGCGCCGUCCCGUUGACACAUUCUUUUUCCGGCGAGAUCCUCAGGUGGACGUGUCGUAGUUUUUUAUCAUUUUAGCCGUACCGUUUUCUCCAUCUUCCCAUAAUGAAAAUCUGGAAGGAUAUCUUCACCGGUGACGAGAUGUUCUCGGACACCUACAAGGUCAAGUUGGUCGACGAUGUGAUGUACGAGGUAACCGGCAAGCUGAUCUCCCGGAAGCUCGGUGAUGUCCAGCUCGAUGGAGCCAAUCCGUCCGCCGAGGAAGCCGAUGAGGGCACCGAUGAAGCCGUCGAGUCCGGCGUCGACAUCGUGCUCAACCACCGACUGUGCGAAACCGGCUUCGGUGAUAAGAAACAGUUCACCGUCUACCUGAAGGAUUAUAUGAAGAAACUGGUUACCAAGCUGGAGGAAACGAACCCCAGUGAGGUCGAUACGUUCAAGAACAACAUCAACAAGGUGAUGAAGGAGCUGCUCGGCCGCUUCAAGGAACUCCAGUUCUUCACCGGCGAGUCCAUGGAUGGUGAAGCCAUGAUUGCCAUGCUCGAAUACCGCGAAAUCAACGGCGAUAGCGUUCCCAUCCUGCUCUGCUUCAAGCACGGCCUCGAGGAGGAGAAAUUCUAGACUAGUAAUUCGUGUAUAGCCAAAACUCACAACUCUGCUAGACUACUACAACAACUUCUUUAUAAUUUUUUCUACCAAAUUUUUUGUCGAAUGAACGAAUGUGCAUGGGGAGUGUGCGCUUUUUCACACAUCUAAUUCUCUCUCUAAUCCAGACAAUUGGGCGGAAUCGGUCCUCGAUAUCCACUAGUUCACGCUCCAGGUAACUUCACACAUUACAUCCGAUUAUUUUUUAUAUUUAUUUAUGUUACCGAAACAGAUUUUUAUAACAAUUGAAAAUGAAAAACUGUGGAAUGAUUGCGUAGUUUUUUUUCCUUAAACUAUCAAUAUUUUGGAAAUAUCUGAACAGGUCUAGACUAUUAAUAGGUAAUACAAAUAUCUUGAAUCAGGUUUAAGGCGACGAUCAAAGAAUUCCAUUUUAGAGUCCUCACUCGAUGGGUGCAGUUUAACGUAGAAAACCCCAAGUGUAUCACUAUUAUAAGCUUUUUGCCAAAAUCAGCGCGAAAAACUACUCAAGUAUCAAUAGAGGCACGGGAAGGCUCGCAUUUAGCAGAACACCUCCGGGAAAGGAAUCACUUGAAAAUAAAAAGAAAAAACUAAAUUGCAAAGCAGGAAAGGCCGAACUACCCGAAUACUCUCGCUUAGCUGUUGAUUUCGGCAAGUCGGUAUCUCGUUAAGGCCGAAACAAUCGGAAUGGUUGAAAUUGAAAAACAAACGGUGAUGGAAAAAACACAAUCCUUCCAUUGCUGGAAACAAUGAUCUACCAUCUACAUCUCAAUAUCAGAUGAAGCAAAAAAUUGAAAAGAGAAAACAUUUACAAUAAAGAGAUUGGACGAAACAUGUCAACAUCUAUGUUUCGUAGGUGUUGAAAGGAAA